AUGCCCAAUUAUGUUUGGUUACAGUGGCCACCAAGAUUGCUGAGGUGGGCAUUCGCUAUCCUGUUGAUAGCUGCCAUCAUCGCACCAACAUCAAGCACUUCCAAUGUCCGCAGAAGACUCCGCAAGCCUAGCAAAGUUUCCACUUCAGUUACAUCCAGCGUAUCUAGAUCCUCAGACCAGAUCAUCUCAGCUAGUGUCAACAGGCCUAAGAUACGUGGUCGACCCAACGUUGCCAGUCGGAAAUCUUCAGCUGCUAUUGACAAUUCUGUCACUACUGAUCUUCAUAAAGACAAAGAUGGAUACAAAAUCGUCUGCUACUACACCAACUGGUCUCAAUACCGUACCAAGAUCGGCAAGUUCACGCCAGAAGACAUCCAGCCUGACCUGUGCACUCACAUCAUCUUCGCUUUCGGAUGGCUGAAGAAGGGCAAGCUCAGCUCUUUUGAAUCCAAUGAUGAAACCAAGGAUGGAAAGACCGGAUUGUAUGACAGAAUCAAUGCGCUGAAGAAGGCUAACCCUAAGUUGAAGACCUUGCUUGCUAUUGGUGGUUGGUCGUUCGGUACCCAGAAAUUCAAGGAGAUGUCAGCGACUCGGUACGCUCGUCAGACGUUCAUCUACUCUGCGAUCCCCUAUCUUCGUGACAGGAACUUUGAUGGUCUGGAUGUAGACUGGGAGUACCCUAAAGGAGGAGAUGACAAGAAGAACUACGUGCUGCUGUUGAAAGAAUUACGUGAAGCCUUCGAAGCUGAAGCUCAAGAAGUGAAGAAACCUCGUCUGCUCCUUACUGCUGCUGUCCCAGUCGGUCCUGAUAACAUCAAGGGAGGAUAUGAUGUGCCUGCUGUUGCUAGUUACUUGGACUUCAUCAACGUCAUGGCCUACGAUUUCCACGGUAAAUGGGAGAGGGAGACUGGCCACAACGCCCCUCUGUACGCACCCUCCUCAGACUCCGAGUGGAGGAAGCAACUGUCUGUAGAUCACGCCGCUCAUCUCUGGGUCAAACUUGGUGCUCCUAAAGAGAAACUUAUCAUUGGUAUGCCAACAUACGGACGAACGUUCACCCUCUCGAACCCCAAUAACUUUAAAGUGAAUUCUCCCGCGAGUGGAGGAGGGAAAGCUGGAGAAUACACAAAGGAAGGAGGUUUCCUUGCAUACUAUGAGGUGUGCGAGAUAUUGAGAAACGGUGGUACCUACGUUUGGGAUGAUGAAAUGAAGGUGCCUUACGCCAUCAACGGAGAUCAAUGGGUUGGCUUCGACGAUGAGAAAUCCAUCAGGAACAAAAUGAGAUGGAUUAAAGACAAUGGUUUCGGUGGUGCCAUGGUAUGGACCGUUGAUAUGGAUGACUUCAGCGGAAGUGUUUGUGGUGGUGAUGUCAAAUACCCUCUGAUUGGUGCUAUGAGAGAGGAACUCCGCGGCAUUUCUCGUGGUAAGGACGCUCAAGACGUCGACUGGGCAUCAGUCGCCUCCAGUGCUCUCAUUGAAGUUACUGAGAAACCAGAACCCAUCAAGAUCAGCCUCUCCGAUGUCCUCAAGCGAGUUAAGAAGCCUGUCAAGAAUGUCAUCAUCAAAAACAAUAACAAUGCUGUAAUUGACAAGAACAGACGUGAACCACAGAUCCUCUGCUAUCUAACCUCUUGGUCUUCGAAGAGACCGUCUGCUGGUCGUUUCCUGCCAGAAAAUGUAGACCCUACCCUCUGUACCCACAUCAUCUAUGCCUUCGCCACCCUUAAGGACCACAAGCUGACAGAAGGAGAUGAGAAGGACGCAGAAAUGUACGAUAAAGUCGUCGCUUUAAGAGAAAAGAACCCCAAUCUGAAGAUCCUCCUCGCCAUCGGUGGCUGGGCUUUCGGCUCCACACCCUUCAAAGAAUUGACCUCCAACGUGUUCCGUAUGAACCAGUUCGUGUACGAGGCUAUUGAAUUCCUCAGGGACUACCAGUUCAACGGUCUGGAUGUAGACUGGGAGUAUCCUAGAGGAGGUGACGACCGUGCAGCAUUCGUUUCUCUACUCAAGGAACUUCGAUUAGCCUUCGAAGGUGAAGCUAAGACGUCUGGACAGCCAAGACUGCUCCUGUCUGCUGCUGUACCUGCGUCCUUCGAAGCGAUCGCUGCUGGAUACGACGUACCUGAGAUUUCUAAAUACCUGGACUUCAUCAACGUGAUGACCUACGAUUUCCAUGGACAAUGGGAACGCCAAGUUGGACACAACAGUCCCCUCUUCCCUCUUGAGAGUGCCACCAGCUACCAGAAGAAACUGACAGUCGACUACUCUGCCCGAGAAUGGGUUAGACAGGGUGCUCCUAAAGAGAAGCUGAUGAUCGGUAUGCCCACGUACGGCAGGUCAUUCACCUUGAUCAACGACACACAGUUUGACAUCGGAGCUCCUGCGUCUGGUGGUGGUGCUGCUGGUCGCUUCACGAACGAGGCUGGUUUUAUGUCCUACUAUGAAAUCUGCGAGUUCCUUCGUGAAGAUAACACGACUCUUGUCUGGGACAACGAGCAGAUGGUGCCCUUCGCGUACAGAGAUGACCAAUGGGUCGGAUUUGAUGAUGAGAGAUCACUGAAGACUAAGAUGGCCUGGCUGAAGGAAGAAGGAUUCGGUGGUAUUAUGGUCUGGUCCGUAGACAUGGAUGACUUCAGAGGAUCUUGUGGUACCGGCAAAUACCCCCUCAUCACCGCCAUGAAGCAAGAGCUUGGAGACUACAAAGUCAGAUUGGAAUACGAUGGGCCUUACGAAUCAUCCAACCCUAAUGGGCAGUAUACUACUAAAGAUCCUAACGAAGUAGUAUGCGAAGAAGAAGACGGCCACAUCUCCUACCACCCUGACAAGGCUGACUGUACCAUGUACUACAUGUGUGAAGGAGAGAGGAAACACCACAUGCCCUGUCCACAAAACUUGGUCUUUAACUACAAUGAGAACGUCUGUGAUUGGCCAGAAAAUGUCGAAGGAUGCACCCAUCACACACAAGCCCCCGCCGCAAAACGAUAA